GAAUUCCACGCACUCGUUGCCUUGAUGCUGAGCAGUCAGACGAAAGACCAAGUUGUUGCCGAAGCCAUGAUCACGAUGAAGAAGAGGGGAUUGACGGUUGACUCUGUCUUAGAAAUGUCGGACAAAGAGCUGGACUCCAUGAUCUCUAAAGUUGGUUUCCACAACAACAAGACGAAGUUCAUCAAGCAAGCUGCCAUGAUCUUGAAAGAGAAACACGGAGGGAGGGUUCCUCGCACACUUGAAGAGCUUUGUGAGCUUCCAGGUGUUGGACCGAAGAUGGCGCUAAUCACGCUCAAGGCUGCGUUCGGAAUCAUUUCCGGGAUCGGUGUCGAUACGCACAUGCACAGAAUGUUCAACGAGCUGAAGUGGGUGAAUUCUUCAACGCCGGAGAAAGUAAGG